CCUGAAACUACAUAAGGUCUGACAAGAUCCGACACCCUAAUCCCAUAAGCCUCUCCACAACAAUCAACCCUCACACAAGCACGCCCGAGACUAGCCCUACCUCCACCCUCUCACUAGUUAAAAAACAAUAAACAUAUUCAAUUGUUAUCGAUCUUGACAGUUCGCAUUUUCCGAAUUGCCCAAGUAGCACUUUGUACUACCCAAGAAGGGGAGUUUAGGUAUCUCAAAUCAUGACGGCGGUGGCGGCGGCCAUGCCCGAAACCCGGAAGCUGCCUCGCCCAGGUAGGGGCGGAGUCAUCUCACAUGGACUGUCGGAAGAAGAAGCCCGGGUGAAAGCCAUCGCAGAAAUUGUCUCCACCAUGGUUGAUCUCUCGCGUAAGGGUCAGGACGUAGACCUAAAUGCUGUCAAGUCCGCCGCGUGCCGGAAGUACGGCCUCUCGAAGGCGCCGAAACUCGUUGAGAUGAUAGCGGCACUGCCCGAAUCCGAGAAAGAAGCCCUACUGCCCAAACUCCGGGCAAAGCCCGUUCGGACGGCGUCUGGGAUUGCGGUGGUCGCCGUUAUGUCUAAGCCUCACCGCUGUCCACAUAUUGCCACAACGGGUAAUAUCUGCGUGUAUUGCCCUGGGGGUCCGGAUUCUGAUUUCGAGUACAGUACGCAAAGUUACACUGGAUAUGAGCCUACUAGCAUGAGAGCUAUUAGGGCUAGAUACAAUCCUUAUGUCCAAGCAAGAAGCCGGAUUGAUCAGCUGAAGAGGUUGGGUCACAGUGUUGAUAAGGUUGUUGCUCAUAUGAUGCCUGAUCUUCCAAAUGUUGGGGUUGAAAGAGACUUGGAAAGUUUCAAAGAGUUCUUUGAGAGCCCUCGCUUUAGAGCUGAUGGGCUUAAAAUUUAUCCUACCCUCGUCAUUCGUGGAACUGGGCUAUACGAACUUUGGAAAACUGGAAGGUAUAGAAAUUAUCCACCUGAACAGCUUGUAGACAUUGUAGCUAGAAUUCUAGCAAUGGUUCCUCCUUGGACUCGUGUGUACCGAGUUCAGCGAGAUAUUCCUAUGCCUCUAGUUACUUCUGGGGUCGAGAAGGGGAAUCUUCGAGAACUAGCUUUAGCAAGGAUGGAUGAUUUGGGUUUGAAAUGUAGAGAUGACAUUCACCACAAGAUAAAGCCAGAAGAAGUACAGCUUGUUCGUCGUGAUUAUACUGCUAAUGAGGGCUGGGAAACGUUUCUUUCAUAUGAAGACACACGCCAGGACAUACUCGUUGGGCUAUUGCGUUUGCGUAAAUGUGGAAGAAAUGUCACGUGCCCUGAACUCGUGGGGAAGUGUUCUAUUGUUCGUGAAUUGCAUGUUUACGGGACAGCAGUUCCAGUUCAUGGACGAGAGGCUGAUAAGCUGCAACACCAAGGUUAUGGCACACUUCUAAUGGAGGAGGCAGAGAGGAUUGCAGUUAGGGAGCAUAGGUCGACAAAGAUAGCCGUGAUUUCAGGUGUUGGGACAAGGCAUUACUAUAGAAAAUUAGGGUACGAGCUUGAAGGCCCUUACAUGGUGAAGUGCCUCGCCUGAGAAAAAAAAAACUAUCGUGAAUUUGAUAGAUUGGAAUUGGAAACUGACAUCCUCAGCUGUACUGCAAUUAACCCUGUGAAGGAUGUGUGUUUGUCUUAGGCAGCUAUAAUGUAUUGUUUCUUGUCAACAUCAACUCUUACUUUUGUUCUGGGUGCUUCUUAUAUGGGUGUCUCAAGGUUUUUAGGAAAUCAUGUAGCUAUUAUGAGGUACAGAUAUAUGUUUGAAGUUUUUAUGAACUGAUGCUUGAAUUUUGACACAACUGUUUAAAGUACUUUUAUUUUAUGAUGUGUGAUGUUCCUAUUGGCACCUGAUGAUUGUACUUGAGUUUGUUGGGACCAAGGUAUCAUGAUGCAAAAUAUCAUUUGUUUUUUGGAUACA